CCCCCUUCCGGGAGCGACUGCGGAAGUGCGCCCCCCCCCCCCGCGGCCGCUUCCGGCCUUUGUGGAUCACUUUUGAUGGGUUCCGCUUCCGGAAAGGGUUGGAGGCCUCCGCCCUUCGCUCGCUAGGAGGGAGUCCUGUGCUGGCGCCGGCGGCCGCAGGAUGGUCCAGGAAGAAAUUUUCCAGGGAGAUCUUACUUGAAACACCAAUAGUUCUUGCACAGCUAAAAUGGCAUCCACUUGGGCUAUCCAGGCCCACAUGGACCAGGAUGAACCUUUGGAAGUAAAGAUAGAGGAGGAGGAGAAGUAUACCACCAGACGGGACUGGAACCUGCAUAAAAACAGCAGCCAUAGCAGAGAGGUCUUCCGUCAGUACUUCAGACAGUUGUGCUACCAGGAGACAUCUGGUCCCCGUGAGGCUCUGAGCCGACUCCGAGAGCUUUGCCAUCAGUGGCUGAGGCCAGAGACCCACACCAAAGAACAGAUCCUGGAGCUGCUGGUGCUGGAGCAGUUCCUGACCAUCCUACCUGAGGAGCUCCAGGCCUGGGUGCAGGGGCAGCAUCCAGAGAGUGGGGAGGACGUGGUGACUGUGCUGGAGGAUUUAGAGAGAGAGCUGGAUGAGCCCGGAGACAGGGUCUUGCCUCACACUAAGGAACAGGAAAUGUUCUUGCAGGAGAUGGUAUCUCUAGGAAAAGAAGGAGAAACCAGUAUGUCCCUCCAGUCCAUGAAAGCCCAGCUAAAGUAUGAAUCUCCGGAACUUGAAUUCCAACAGAAGCAAGCUUUAGAUAUUGAGACUGGAAAUGAAUGUGGGAAUUUAAAGCAAGAAGUUUCUGAAGAAAUGGAACCUCAUGAGAGUACACCCAGUAAAUCUGAACAUGCUAUGUCCCAGUCUGUUAGGUGUAGAGAAACUUAUGAACCUGAAGAAAUAACAGAAGAGCCCUCUGCACACUCCAGAGAAGUUAAACAACCUACCUGUGAUGAAAAUGGAGUAAGCCUGACUGAGAACUUGGACCGUACUGAACAUCAGAGAAUCUGUCCAGGAGAAAAAUCUUACGGAUGUGACGACUGUGGAAAAGCUUUUAGACAGCACUCACACCUCAUAGAACAUCAGAGGAUCCAUACUGGAGACAGACCCUACAAAUGCGAAGAGUGUGGAAAAGCUUUCCGUGGGAGAACUGUGCUCAUUCGACACAAAAUAAUCCACACUGGAGAGAAACCAUAUAAGUGUAACGAGUGUGGCAAAGUCUUUGGCCGGUGGUCAGCUCUUAACCAACAUCAGAGACUUCACACGGGAGAAAAACACUAUCACUGUAACGAAUGUGGCAAAGCCUUUAGUCAGAAAGCAGGCCUCUUUCACCAUAUCAAGAUCCACACAAGGGACAAACCUUAUCAGUGUACUCAGUGUAAUAAAAGCAUUAGUCGGCGUUCCAUACUUACUCAGCAUCAAGGAGUUCAUACCGGCGCAAAGCCCUAUGAGUGCAACAAGUGUGGAAAAGCCUUUGUUUAUAACUCAUCCCUUGUUUCCCAUCAGGAAAUCCACCACAAAGAAAAAUGCUAUCAGUGUAAGGAAUGUGGGAAAUCCUUCAGUCAGAGUGGCCUUAUUCAGCAUCAGAGAAUUCACACUGGGGGAAAACCCUACAAAUGUGAGGUCUGUGAAAAAGCCUUUAUUCAAAGGACAAGUCUCACAGAACAUCAGCGAAUUCACACUGGAGAAAGACCCUAUAAAUGUGAUAAGUGUGGGAAGGCGUUUACUCAAAGAUCGGUCCUCACAGAACAUCAGAGAAUCCACACUGGAGAAAGGCCCUACAAGUGUGAUGAGUGUGGGAACGCCUUCCGAGGAAUCACCAGCCUCAUUCAGCAUCAGAGAAUCCACACUGGGGAGAAGCCCUACCAAUGUGAUGAGUGUGGAAAAGCCUUCAGACAGAGGUCAGAUCUUAGUAAACACCAGAGAAUCCAUAAUAGAGGUGGUCCCUAUAUAUGUAAAGAGUGUGGGAAAUCAUUCAGGCAGAACUCAGCUCUUACUCAACAUCAGACUAUCCACAAAGGAGAAAAAGCUGUUUCCGUGCGAUGACUACAGGGAAGUAAUCACAGAGUUCAGGCUGGUGAGAAACACUAUUUAGCUUUAUAAUACUUGGGGCAAAAGUUCAGCCACCAUUGCUAUAAGGAAACCUCAGAUGUUUAUAAGAAUUCACUAUGUGCUACCCAUUGUAUUAGGUGCUGUGGAGAGCGAGAAGAUCACCCCAAACUCUUAAAGAGUUUAUCGUUUGGAAUAGGUAAGGUCCAUGUAUUUAGUUAAAUAAGACUACGGGAGACUAAAAUUGAUGCUCAAUGUCGACUCAAAGUGGCACUGUGUAGACUAUAAGUGUUGUAAACUCUAAAGGACAUGUUACUUUUUCUUAGAGUGGUCAGGAAAGAUUUUUAUUGAAAAUAAGGAUUUGAUGGGCAGACUUAGCAGCCAAAAGGGAGAAAAACAGACAAAACAAAUGUAAGCCAAAGUAAGACUGCAUUGAUCUGGAAGCAUCGGGUAAAAGAGUAGCCAGCCUGAAGUAAAAGUUUCAUGCAGAUUGGGCAAUCAAUAGCAUUAAGCUGGGAACAGCCUGGGGACAGACUCUAAGAAGGCCAGAGUGUGAAUAAUUUCAUCUAAUACUUUAUAGGACUUUGACAUUUACAGAGCACUUUUCUCAUUUAAUUCCUAAAAUACCUCAGUAAAUCAAAAGCAUUAUCCAUUUAAAGAAUGAGAAUACUCUUGCCUGUGGAGAUGGUGACACAGCUAGAAUCCCACAAAAAGAAAAGAGGAGUAACCUAAGUGCAGGUCUCCUGACUUCUAGUCCUGGCCAUUGCGCUAGUGAGCCUCCAACUUUGAUGAACCUCAAAAUCACCUGUGGAGCUUGUUUCACAGGCCUGAAUCCCACUAUUCUGCUUCAUUAGGCCUGGGAUGAGAGUCGAGAAUCUUCAUUUUUAUAGCUUCCAUUUUAAAGUUUACUUAAUAUACUUUAAAAAUUUAAGAAACGUUGAGUUGAAUGACAGCUCACUUCACGGUUGUCUGUGAAGUGGGGAAGCUUGAACAUAGUCCUGUAAACUAAAGGCCAUUGCACAUUUUUAGCACAAGGAAAUCCUUACAGGGAACAUGUACCACCUCCUCUUUGGAGUGAACAGAGAAUUAGACCACCAUUGUGCCAAAAAACUAGGAUUAGGGUUUAAGGUGGUCUUUCCAUCCCUUCAAAUUUAAGUAUUCAGAGAAAAAGAGACAGGCCUACACUCCAAGGGUCUUCUGAUUGCGAGCCCUUGUGUUGUUUAUUUAGGGGAUGGCUUGGUGCUCUUCUCUGCUUUGCUUUUUGCCUCCUUUUGUUUCCCAGAUCUCAUAUUGCCAUUACGUUCUGAGUUCCCUAAUCAUUGCUCUUGACGACUGAUUUACUUUGAGCGCAUAAAAGGACCCCAAAUAAGAGAUACUAUCCCUUGGGCUUCUGAAAAAUGAACCAACUGAAAACUGGUUGACUGUAACCUUGUAUUGUUGAGUAAAAAUUCUGCUUUGGACAUGGCUCCUGAUCUGUAUUUUUUUUUUUUUUUUUUUUUUUUUGAGACGGAGUUCCACUCUUGUUGCCCAGGCUGGAGUGCAAUGGCAUGAUCUCAGUUCACCACAACCUCCACCUUCUGGAUUCAAGCAAUUCUCCUGCCUCAGCCUCCCGAAUAGCAGGGAUUACAGGUACAUGCCACCACACCUGGCUAAUUUUGUAUUUUUAGUAGAGAUGGGGUUUCUCCAUGUUGGUCAGGCUGGUCUUGAACUCCUGACAUCAGGUGAUCCAUCCACCUCAGCCUCCCAAAGUGCUGGGAUUCCAGAUAUGAGCCAUCGCGCCCAGCCCUGAUCUGUCUUUUUAUUUACAGAAAUCAUUUUUAAUCUCUACUGAGAUGGCCUGUUAUUUCCUUCCUUUUCUACCCUGCCACAGCAAACUCCACACUUUUCUGGGACUAACUUCCUACUACACCCAACGUAACUCCAGUCCUCUCUUCUCUUCACACUAGCUGCUCAAUGGCUUUGAAGUGGUGAGAAGUUGACAAAAGGGGAAGGGGAGAAAUCAAAGAAGGGUAAUCUGCAUUCUUCUUAGUUAAGGCCCACUCCUAAUUACCUUUCUAUGCAGCCCUUGGUCUUUGUCCCAUCUUCUCUUCACUCCUUAAUGUACUCCGUUCCAAUUUUGCUAGUGCCCCUAUCUCUCGCCUCUCUAUCCAUAAACGCUGUACAGAAUUUUUAUCCCUGGAUUAGCACCAGAAGAGUCUCUGGUCCUAUAGCAAUAUGUAUGUUUCUAGCUAAGUUGUAAAUAUGAACACAUAUUCCCAUAGAAAUCCUAAUAGUAUAAGUAUUAUAAUUCAGGCAAAUUAGGGCCAAAUUGGCUUCUGGGAUUGGAACUUACAUGACUUUCUGUACGGGAAAACCUUGAGUUCAUGACAGACAGAGGCAAGUGAACAGUUGGAAAACAACUUACUCAUAAGUUGAAGAGUGCUUAGCUAGGCUGUUUCAUAAGCCCAGCGUUGGAGUUGCAUGCAGAAGGCAUUGAGGCAACUGGGAUUGGAAAUCUGUUUUUUUUCCUCCAGGAAACAAGGAACCCAGUGGGAGCCUGGGCGCUCUGAGGCUAUAAGUAUGUGAGACCUAUGCUCUAACUAAGUUUACCCUGCCUCCGUUUUCGCACAUAAUUAGAAUGCAAACUUGUAAUCAAACCAAGGUUCAGCUGCUGCGCUCCAAAGCCAAGACUCAGCAGAGAAGAGAGUUGGUGAAAGGAAAAGCAGAUUUAUUCGGAGAGCCAGCAGCCUGAGGCAAUGGUAGACUAGAGUUCUAAAGUACCAUCUUAAGUCAGUACAAAUGUUAGGCUCUUUUUAUGUUAAGGGCAAAGGAGUGAGUUGGGAUAAAGAGGUAACAUCUGACCACAAACAUCUUGGCGCCAGCAAGAGUCCAAGGAGGUUGGGAACUUGGUUGUUACUGGUUGGGUCAUAAUGCGCCUAUAAAUCUUUAACUAUGUAGUUGUUUACAGACUUUUUAAAUCCCAGAGUUAGUUUUUAAAACUACAUGAUUGCACUUUCUGCAUAUUGUCUCAGUGCUCUAAAAUUGUCCUGGCCUACAUGGAGGAAUGGGUAAAGGCUCCUUAUACAAAAGUGGAGUUAGUUAUGUUAGCUCUUUUGCUUUUUCACUGUUAGAAAUUCUUCUCAGUGGAGGGGACUUUGCUUAGUGAUAAGAACCUGUAUGAGAAUGUUCUCCUUACCAAACGGGCUAUACAUAUUCCUUAUCUGAUUUUACAGACUCGUUAUCCAAACUGAACUUACCGUUCAUAGUAACUUCAGAGCCUCUCUUUUAAUCUGACUGCUCACUGAAAUGCAAUCCUUGUUUUAAAGUUGCCUUUACUUGGGGUCUUUCCAGUUCAUUUUCUGCUUAAUAUGUUCUGUCAAUGCGCACAUUCCUCCAUUUGCCUUUCUUCACACUAUCAAUCUUUUUUAUAUACCUAAUAUUAUAAAGAGACCAUAAACAAAGGCUUAAUGGAAUAUGCCUGUUAUAUAGGAGGGUACAGUUUAUACUUGUUUAAAAAUAAAUGUGAAGGCCCGGCACAGUGGCUCAUGCCUGUAAUCCCAGCACUUUGGGAGGCCAAGGCAGGUGGAUCAAAAGAUCAAGAGAUCGAGACCAUUCCUGGCCAAUAUGGUGAAACCCCAACUCUACUAAAAAUACAAAAAGUAGCUGGACAUGGUGGCAUGCACCUGUAGUCCCAGCUACUCGGGAGGCUGAGGCAGGAGAAUUGCUUGAACCCGGGAGGUGGAGGUUGCAGUGAGCCGAGAUUGUGCCACUGCACUCCAGCCUGGUGACAGAGUAAGACUCUGUCUCAAAAUAAAAAUAAAAUGUAGGGGUUUUAUUCUGGUUAUUUCUUAUGCUUAAAUACAGUUGCAGUACCAAAAAAGGUGGAGUGACAUGGAACUUCCAGGCAGGCAUCAAAGGGGAUUAAACUAGCUAUCUAGGAUAAAGAGAAAAUACAGUAGAAUAAGGCUACUAAUUGGAGCCAAAUUGGCAAUAUGGGGAAAUUGAAGGCCCUGAGGGGCAAAUGGAGGACGUGCCAUGUCGGAUAUGGAAUAGGAGUGCUACCUUGGGGAGUGCAGUGAACACAAUGCCUUGUGAUGAAGUCAAGUACAUUUCAUGGAUAAAGUAUAGACGUGGUGUGACAGUGACAAGAUGCUAGAAACCGGAAACCUCUGAAGCAUCUAAUGUAUGUGGAUUUUGAAAUAAAUAACAAUAAUAGGGGGCAGGGUGGAAAGGAAGAAUAUGAAAGUGAAGCAGGUCUAAGGUAGAAGUGAUGGUCAUGGGUUGUAGUAACAACAGCCACAUAGAAGUACCUGGUACAAGACUCAAAUGAAUCUAAUAUUAAGGGUAAGACUGACUGGUUCUAACUGGUUUUUCUAAUUGGUUCAAGGUAAACAACACAUUAAAUGUUUACAGCAAAAGGCAUGGAGAGGUUGGGGAGAAGCCAACUUUCUAAAGUAAUGAGAAGUGAAGUGAGUUUUUAUUCACAGACCUGGGCUGUGGAUUCCACAGAGUGCCGUGGGAAGGAACUGCAGAAGAAAAAAGAAUGUGGCCUCCUUCCAAAAGUAAAUUGUAUUAAGAGGUUGCCAGAGUUUGAGGAAGGAGAUGAAGCCGAUGAAGAAGGACAGUGCGAGUGAGCAGGGCUCUGAAUUGAGACGUGUCAACUGCAUGAUGAGGUUGGUUAUAGAGACCUCUAAGAUGCAAGAGCUUAGACAAGUCUGGACUCCUGUACUCAGCACAGAAGCAGCCUCUUCUGUUAAUCCACAGUGGGUUACUGACUGCAGAGCUGUUACAGUCACAGCUGUUCUGACUGGCCAUCUUUUGGAAUAGAGGAAAGGGUAGUGAUAAUACUGCACACUUAUUAACUGCUUACUAAGGGCCAGGCAUUACUACAUGCUUUACUUGCAUCAUUUCACUUUCAGCUGGGGAAACUGAAAUAGAUAAGUGAAAUCUGCUCAAGGUCACAAAGAUAGUAUGCAGUGGGGCCAAGAUCUGAACCCAAGCAGCCCAGUUCCAGAAUCCAUACUUUUAACCUGUGAAUACACUUCCUCUGUUUAUUUCAGCUGAACAAACCAUGUGCUGCAGUGGUAAUUCAAUGUCUUGAGUCAUUAUCUAUAAAAACUUUUUAUCUCCAGGCACUGUUCUGAAAAAUGAUUCAGAAAGUCCUAGAGUCCAGACACCUCAGGUAACAAUAUUACCACCCUCUCUGCAUACCACAUCUUGGCUGAGGUGUGGCGAGCAUCAACAGCUCUGCUUCUCACUGCCUGCACAGCAGGGGUGUUGCAGGGGACAUUCCACUUUAAAAGUGUGCUCUUUAUAUGAAAAGAUCACCCUUCCUAGCUUAGAACCAUAAAUCAGUCUGCAUUGUUCUCACAGAAUGAGGAAUAUUUGGCUGUCGGCAUUGUUCUCACAGAAUAAGGAAUAUUUAGCUGUCUAAUUUAAUAUGGAAAGAUUUAAAGGUACGUCCCCAUGAGUUAAUAAGUCAUUAUGGAUCUAUCUUUAGUGAGAGUUUUUAGAAGUGAUUUUAUAUUAGGAGAUACUUCUUUGACUUAAGAAUGCAUACACAUAUUUUUCUUUGCUUAAGAUUGACCACUUUUACAAUUCACAUGGUGUCCUUUCUAAUUCCACAAGGCCAGAAUUUGAGCAAGUGCUUGUUCAACCUAGACAUAAGAAUUCCAUAGCCUUUAAUUGAAUCUCUUCCCAACUUUUAUCCUUUAAACCAAGAAGUUCUUACACCACAGCCACUCCAGCUUCUCAUUUUAUUGGAAUUUCUGUGGAUCGUCUCCCUCUCAAAUGUUCUGCGUGUGUUAGGUAAGGAGUCCUCACGUUAUUUUUUUUUACAUGUAUAGUAUUUCUAUAUAUAUAUAUUCAUAUGUAAAAAGUAUAUAUUAAUAUAUAUAUAUAUAUAUGGUCUGAGGUAUAUAAUUUGAUGUUGACAAAACCAACCGUAAGUGUUUUAAACUUUUCAGUUGACUAGCCCCCAACUCACACUGUAACACCACCAUUUAGAGCCAGCAGUUUUCCCUUGAUUACAUGGACAGUUGAUUCUCCUCACACGUUAAAAACACCAUUUAGGUAUCUGAAACCCAUCGGUCAAGGCCCUCAGAGCUUUCACCCAUCAAGUGCAAGUUGAUCUGUAGUGUGUAUGUCUGUUUGCUCCUGCCAGUCACCUUCUUAAACCCAGCUGGCCUGCUCCUGGAAGUCCCAAGAGGGGCUCCAGAGUGGAAGAUAUUUGUAAUCUCUGAUUCAUGGUUACAUCAUCAUGACUCCUCUUCAAGCUUGGUGUGCAUACCUUAGUGUUUUGAUCUAGUGCCUUAGUUCUGCCUACUUCAGUAAUGAAUUUAGGAGUAGAUCUCUCCCCAUUUCAUCCCUGAUAAAGAUUGAGAACUUGACAGCUUCCUGUGGCCAAAUUCCCUACUUAUUCCUGAGAUAGGGUUUAAGAACCUGGAUUCUAGAGACAGAUUGCCAUGAUUCGAAUCUCAGCUUACUAGCUAAAUGACUUUGGGCAAGCGAUUACGUUAAAUGUAAAAUGGCAACGAUAAUAGGACCUAUCCAGCUGGGCAGUUCCGUAUAUUAGAUGAGUUGACAAAGUGCUUAGAAUACUGCUUGGCACAUUAGCGCCUUAUAGCUGCUCGUGUUCUGAUUGUUGCUGUGGGCUCUCUCAAACGCUUUGGCUCUAGAUGCCAGUGCCCCAGGUCAGAGUUUAACAUGCUGCCAGUUUCCCACAACUGCUGCACAGUCCUCCUGGCCCUGGGACAAAAGCUCCCACCCAGGUGUACUUCUGCUUUCCUGCCUGGGGACCUGAUGAACAGUGGCCGGCAGAGGACACUUACCGCCCAAGUUGGAAAGGAGAGAUUUCUUCCCCUUUGUCUCCGCCCGUUAGUUCUCAGAGGUAACUAGCAGCCCAGGGUGUCCGCAGUUUUACUUCGGAGCUGCUCUUCCGACGUUCUGCAGCAGGAAGGCCGGCCUCGCGGGGGUCUGACGCGCCGCGGCCUGGGAGCCUGGGUCCCUGGGGUUACCUGACUGCUCAGCUGGGGCUGGGUACGGCCGGGCAACCACAGAGAGGAGAAAGCCUCCAGAAUCCUAGAGAAGCCGAAUGCUGAGCCUGCCGUGGACGGCGGCUGGACCUGAAAGUACCGAAAUUCCCGGCCUUUGUGAUGAACCUUUGGAGGCGGUUGGCCUCAGGUUCCUGCCCUCCGGCCCUUCAUUGUCUCUGCUGAGAUCGGGCUGGAUAUAGGUUGAGAGCUGCUGGGGAAGUUAAAGACGACUUUCAAGUUUUGAGGUAUCAGGAAAACUGGCUGUUGAGGAAAAGGGAGUCUGGCUUCCCAGUUUUGGUAAAAGGAAAGUUGGGUUCAUUUGGGGAAAUUAUAUGAUUCAUGAUCUUCCCAAGAUCGACGCUGAGUACAAGACAAGACAGAAUGCACCUAGCCGUUGUGUGACUUUGAGCAAGUUAAUCCCUCUGUGCCUCAGG